AUGACAAGUUCAGCAUAUUAUUAUGGCAAUGAGCCAGGUUAUUAUCAACAUAAUUCAGUGAGCAACCCAAGACCAAUUGAUGCAUUUUAUCCUCCACCUUAUACAUCAUAUUCAUCAUCACCUGAACAAAAUAACAACAGUCAAGUAUCACAAUCAAAUGUAUCAGAUGAAAUGAAUAAAACACAGACAAUUAUUCCACAAAUUCCAUGUAAUACAUCACGUUAUAGUUCAUCAUUAUCUGAUGAUGAUUCUACACCACGUGGUGUAAUUGUUGAUCCAUACAAUAAAUGUCCACCAGUUACAUCAGUUAUACAAAGUACUGGUCAUGCAAAAUCAUUUUCUAAUUAUCAAAAUUUUUCUCAUCAAGUAAAAGAUGAACAAUACUGUUCAACAUCAUUAUCACCAUUGGUAAUUGAUGAAAGUUCGAAUUCUCAAUAUUCAUCUUAUGACAUUGAUAAAAAUAAAAAAAAUCAUAGACAAGAAAAACAUUAUCAAUGGAAUUACAAUGAUGUUAAUAAAACUAAAGAAGAACACGAUGAUUUUAAACAAAAUGAAAUGUCUAAUUGCUCGUGGGACAAUGGUGUACCAAAAGACAACAAUGAAGAUUCAAAAAUUCCAUACUAUGCUUGGAUGAAAACAAACCAUUCAUCUGCUAAUCAUAGUCUUUAUGGACAAAAACGAACACGACAAACAUAUUCACGUGCUCAAACAUUGGAAUUAGAAAAAGAAUUUCAUUCAUCAAAAUAUUUACCACGUGAUAAAAGAAUUCAAUUUGCAAAUAUAUUGGGAUUAACUGAGAGACAAGUAAAAAUUUGGUUUCAAAAUAGAAGAAUGAAAGCUAAAAAACAAUUACAAAAUCAGCAUCAACUUCAACAGCAACAGCAACAGCAACAACAACAACAACAGCAACAACAGCCAUAUUAUCAUCAGCAAUUCAAUUCAACAUAUCAAAAUUAUCAUCAACGUGAGCAAGGGCAUUUGUAUCAAGGCCAAGAGCAUCUACAAUCGCAGAUACAUGGGCCAGGCUAUGGUCAGCUAAAGUUGGAACCCCAAGAACACUCAUAA